CAGAACAGCUGUGCUUUAGGCCGCUAUUGAUUAGCAAAAGUAAACAGGUUUUUUCACAAACUGAUAAAUUGUGCUACUUAAUAGGAAUAUUCCAUUAAAUAUUAACAACAUAUGGCUGCAAUUAGACAGUUCGCCAACAAAGGCUUAUAUUUAUCGGAAAUAAAUAGGCCUUUUAGGUCUAACGGCUUCCUACGCAAUAUGUCAACAAAUCCGGCGCCUAUACUGUAUUCCUUUUGGUCAAGUUCGUGUUCAUGGAGAGUUCGCAUUGCACUUGCAAUUAAGAAGAUAGAGUACGAAAUGAAACCCACUUCUUUGCUAAAGACAGACUGCGAACAUGCCUAUACGGAUGAAUACAGGGAAGUAAAUCCCAUGCAAAAGGUUCCUUCGUUGAAGAUUGAUGGACAUACAUUGUGCGACUCGGUGGCUAUAAUGCAUUACCUGGAUGAAACCCGACCUCAGCCUGCUCUCCUGCCCCAAGAUCCGGUCAAAAAAGCAAAGGUCCGAGAAAUUGUGGAGCUAAUUUGCUCGGGAAUUCAGCCUUUGCAGAACAGUGCGGUCAUGGAUCAUAUAGGCAAGGAUAAGAGUUUGGAAUGGGCACAGCACUGGAUUUCUCGAGGAUUUCAAGGUCUGGAGAAGAUUCUCUCCCAAUCGGCAGGAAAGUUCUGUGUGGGAGAUGAGCUUACAAUGGCUGAUAUUUGUCUUGUGCCUCAGGUUCGCAAUGCCAGAAUAUACAAAGCUGACCUGAGUUUAUAUCCAACCAUAGUUCGUUUGGAUCAGGACCUUCAAAAUCUGGAAGUUUUUAAAACCACCCAUCCCAGUAAACAGCCAGAUUGCCCACCAAAAUUUGUCAAGAAAUAGUCAACUCUUUAUAAGCA